AUGGCUACUUCCCUAUCAACUCUAUUGCCAGAAAGCCAGCAGCCUCAAGAGCAAGAACCCAUAGCACAAGGCGACGUUCAUUCAUCAUCAGGAUCCAUCGGGCCAUUCUUCGCAGUCAUGUCGGUGUUGAUGGUGCUUACCAUUCUUUCGUGUGUCUUCGGAAGGAUUUAUGGCAGACAGGCAGCGGAGGCACCCUUGGAUAAGGUUAUAAAGAGUAGAGAUUGUUUCGGUUGGUUAAAAGGCAGAUUAUCGCAUUGUAUGGUGGGUUGUGGUGGUGCCGGUGGUGGUCAUGUGAUUACACUCGCCGGAAAAGGGGAGUCACGUAAGGCGGAAGAGGGUGUCGUAUGA